AUGUCGACUCCUGCAUUCCAUCAGGCUGGUUUCUCUCAGCUGAUCUUCAGGAAAAGACUAUUUGUCCCUGACUAUGCGUCAUCUUCGACUCCAGUGAACGAGGUCGAUCCUCUAGGCAAAUUCGGCGCCUUCGAGCUCGCCACCAGCCGCGCUCCGCUGCGACCGGUCCACCAUCGCGUUCUGCGCGCCCAGGCGGUCACGCAGAUGCUCAGGCUGCUGGCGCUCGACCUGUCGACGGCCACGAGCGCCGAGAUGGACGGCCUGCGGCCACGCUUCGUCUGUGAGCCGUGCGACGCCGAGAUCCAGCGGUGGACGGACUGCGCGUCGCCGCUCACGGACAAGGACUUCAUGACCUGGCGGACCUGCGUACGUGUGCCCCCUCCCCCUCCCUCUCGCCCUCUCUCCCGCCUGCCUCCCAUCACACACGCGCUGCAGCAGCACGGCAAGCCGAAGGCCCCGCGGCUGGCGCUGCGCUCGCUCACGGACGAGGAGCGGGUGUACUGCGAGAUGCGCAAACAGGGUCCACACUGGGGGUGCGCGCGCUGCACUUACCACGUCUCCAAGUCGGGCUCCGCGGGGUCCUGGCUGUACCGCGACGAGAUCGUGCAGCACGUCCAGUCCGCGUGA